AUCGCGUCCGGGUCGUGUGAGCGCGGACACACAAAUUGUGUCGCGCCGGACGGGUCACGUGAGAGUACGUGAAAGAAUGAAACCACAGGGGCUCCGCCGAGGGGAGAGCACCGGCACCCUUUCCAAAAAUGCCCCGGAAGUGCCUCCGCCCUCAGUAAAGAUGGCCGUAGCACUUGGCAAGUGGGAGGCGGGGCUGCGCCUGCGCCACAAGUUCGGCGGGGAAGAUGGCGGAUGACAAGGAUUCUCUGCCCAAGCUUAAGGACCUGGCAUUUCUAAAGAACCAGCUGGAACGCCUGCAGCAGCGUGUAGAAGACGAAGUCAGCAGUGGUGUGAGCCAGGAUGGCUCACUCAUGUCCUCCCCAUUCCUCAAGGGCUUCUUAGCCGGCUAUGUCGUGGCCAAACUGAGGGCAUCCGCAGUAUUAGGCUUUGCUGUGGGUACCUGCACUGGCAUCUACGCAGCUCAGGCAUAUGCCGUGCCCAAUGUGGAGAAGACAUUGAGGGACUAUCUUCGAUCAUUGCGAAAGGGGCCUGACUAG